AUGAAUAAAAUUACAAAUUAAUUGUGACCCCUUGAUGAUACUUAAAACAUAUAUAUGAUAUAAAAAAUUGUUAUAUAGGCCUCUUAUAUUCCUUUCUAAACAGUAAGUGAUUAACAGUUCCGCUGAGUUGCUCAAAAUGGGUUCCAAAUGUCUGAUUUUUGUUUUUUCUAUAUCUUUAUUGUGUUUAGUAGGAGGCACCAAUUCACUGAUGGAUUAUUAUUGGCGACCAUAUGCUGGUAUUAUACCUGAAGAUGCUUAUACGCCUGGCAAGACCCAAAAUGGACAAGAUAUAUACAUUGGUCAAGUGGCAAUCAAACCGCAUCCUGGUGUAUAUCCAGCACCCUUGUACAAAGGAGAAAAAGUUGUGGCAUCUAAAGAUGGACCCAAAGCUGCCUGGAAUUUUGUUCAGAUUCUUUGUACUCGUUCCCCUGAAAAGCUUAUAUGGGUAGCCAGAUCAAAGACGGACGCUCACAUCCUUCCAGCAAAUGUACAUCCUGUUAUAGGUGGCAUGGAAGAUGGUCAGUUGCUAAACAUAGGUAAAAUUCACUUUCAAGGACAAACGAUAAUUGGAAAAAUUUUAUCUGGAAAUAUAGGCGAUGCUAUUAUGUAUUACGUUUAUAAUAAUUCAGAAAAGGCUAUACAUUCGUAUCAGGUACUAGCCUACACAGAAUUCCCUGAGAAGUAUCGUCAUUUAGAGUUAGCUAAUCAUUCUUAAAAAUGUAUCACGCUGCAAUAUUAUAUUUUUCUUCACAUUUAUUCUUUUUGUCCUUUAUUUAAUAGUAUGUAAAAUAUGUACAAAAAAUGUUUUUUAUGAUUAAUUUAAGUAUAAAUUAUAA